AUGGGAGAUCAUCAGCUUAUUGUCCGAGGUAGGCAUCUUGUACGUAUUAUAAAUAGUACAUAAAAAAUAUAAACAUGUCAUUUUGUCAUAUUGAACUAGUUUUAAAAAAAAUCUAAUGAACUUCAUUAUGAACAUAUGAAACUACGUAUAUCUUCUUUACAACGUCUUUAAAAAAUCGAAAAACUAAAUUUUAAUCACUAUUACCGUUUUAGAUGAAACCAGAUCCAAUGAGAUCGCGACGAUCGAUGCCGAGACCCAAAAAAUGGAUCGACUACCGACUACAUCCUACAUUCAGAUGAUAAAACAAUGGCCAAAAGCAACCUUUCUUAUCGUAUCUAAUGAACUCUGUGAACGAUUUUCCUACUAUGGAAUGAGAAGUAAGUUUUAAUAGGUUUUGGCAUGAUAUUUAGUUGUUAUGAUGUUUAUUAUUUUAUAUUACCUUUCUUUCUGGUUUUUAUCGUUCCUUCCUUUCAGCUGUAUUAACUUUAUACUUCCUUAAUGUACUAAAAUAUAAUGGAGCAAACUCGACAAUGUUAUUUAACUGCUUUACCUCGUUAUGUUACUUUUCGCCGUUGUUUGGGUCAAUCUUGGCCGAUGCUUUUAUUGGAAAAUUCAAGUAAGUAUCAAAUGUUAAAAAUACGACUAUAGGACGCAAAAUACCUAUGCUUAUACACCACUGUCCAUGUUUGAAAAAAUAAAAUUAUCCCUUUCAGAACAAUAGUGAUACUCUCAAUAUUCUACACGAUGGGUCAAAUCCUAUUAGCCGUGUCUUCAAUACAAGACCCAGCAUCAAGUUUCCAUCCAUGGGCUGACUUCAUUGGUCUUUUAGUUAUAGCUAUUGGCACUGGAGGUAUCAAACCUUGUGUGUCAAGUUUUGGAGGGGAUCAGUUCGAUGUCCACCAAAUAGUAAUGAUAGCCCUCUUCUUCUCCGUAUUUUACUUUGCCAUCAAUUGUGGCAGUAUGAUUGCCACUUUUGUCGCUCCUAUUUUUAGAGGUAAGUUUAAAUUGUUAAAUUGUGGUAAAAGUAUAAUGUAAUACAUCGUCUGUAGGUAAAUUGUUUUUAUAGGUUACUUUGCUAAAUGUUUUUGAAUAAUUAUUGUUGUAUUUCAUUUUCAUAAACAUUUUUUAGCUAACCCAUGUCUCGGCCAAGAUACCUGUUACCCGCUGGCCUUUGGUGUCCCUGCCCUACUUAUGAUCGUAUCUACAAUAAUAUUCGUAGCUGGAAGCUUUUGGUAUAAAAAACCUCCAGUCAAGUCUAAUGUUAUGAAAGAUGUUACUGUAGUUAUCGGAGUAAGUUGGUUGAUUUCUAACAUUAUUAACUAAAAAAGCUAAACUUAUUAUAGUAUAAAUCUCUCAUCAUAGAUAGCAUUAACAAUUUCAGACAGCGCUACGCAACAAAUUUAACUCAACAGAAAGCAAAUCCCACUGGCUAGAGCACGCUUUGACAUACCACGACUGUAACUUCAGUAUGAAGUGCAUGAAACUCAAGAAAAGACGUCAAGACCCAGCUGCUUGCGCUGAAGUCAACUUUGUGAAUGACGUUAAAACCAUGUUCAAAGUGGCAGUCAUGUUCAUCCCUAUACCUAUAUACUGGGCUCUCUCGGAUCAACAAGGCUCCACUUGGCUGAUCCAGAGUUUACAGAUGGACUGUAGACUGUGGGGAGAUGUUAUGUUGAUCCCUGACCAAAUGCAAUCUCUCAACUCCAUUCUUGUGUUGAUCUUCAUACCUAUUUUCUCGGGAUUGUUUUACCCUUUCAUGGACAAGUGCUUCAAAAUGACGUAGGUGGUGUUUUUAAUAUUAUACUUGUGAAAGAAAUCAACAGAUAAAAAAUCAGCUUAAAAUUUCCAAAAUCCUUAUCUAGGAGUUAAUCUUCAAAUUUACAGCUCACUCAAGAAAAUGGGCCUAGCUCUGACAUUGACAACAUUAGCCUUUGUAUCAGCCGGUAUCGUUCAAUGGGAAGUCAAUGUAAGUCAAAAAAAAAUUUUAAAAAUCACAAAAGCGAGCAUUGUUACCUAAAAUUAUAUUUUCAGAAAACGCUUCCCGAUCUACCAGAGAACGGUCGAUCUUUUGUCUCCCUUAUCAACACAUUUCAAGAGUGUAAUAUCAAAGUAUCGGCUGAUGGAAAAACCUACAAUAUUGGCCCGAUGGCGGUAAGAAUUGUUUUGAGUAUCAGAUUAUAACUAACAAAAAAACCAUAUCAAGAGCAUAAAACAUUUAAAAGCUAACUUUUACGAACAGAUAUUACUGUUUCCCAAGCAUUCAUUCACCAAUUCAUAGUUAAAAACGUACAUUCCUUUAACUUACUUUAGGCUUUGCUCAACAGUCCAGGCAAAAGAAAUCUCAUGGAUGUUCCCAAAAGUAACGUGACUUUCUCGUUUGGAUAUUCCGGAAAAUGUCCUGAUGUUCUACCUACAAAAACAGAUAUUAAUGUACAUGGAGACAUUGGCUUUCUAAAUUUCAACGAAAACGGCGUGGUUUAUGCACCAAUACCUUCAGAUAAACCUACAGAAGGCACUGGAGAGUUUGCCAUGGGGUAAGAAUUUUGUUAAAAAAUAUGAAGAAGUAUGAAGUAGUUUGAAUUAUAAUUUAUAUAAUAUUAUCAAAACAGAUCAAUAUUUGCGCGAUAAAAAUUUGGAAAAAAAAUAUUUUCAAAAUAAUUUUUGAGCGCCAAAUUGCUUUCCGUUUUUCUUUGUUUCUUUCCGGAAGAAAAAGGUCUCUUGUCUCUCGCGCAUAAGUCAAACCUACUCGAAGAGCGAGCUCGCGUUUUAUCCCCUCCCACGAGCCAGUAACUCAUAAACUUACCUGGCUGGGAGAGCGGCACGAUCAAGAAGGUGUCGCCUCCAUGGUGAGGCCCUCCCAUUGCACUUUGGGGACGGGUUGACCUGUGUGGCAGCUCCGAGUUGGGGUUGGCCAACAGCUAAAUUUUUGCGUUUGGAGUCUUCGGAUUCCAUAUAUUCUUCAACGAUCAUGUGUUGGUACUUCUAUAUAUCUUGUAAACUUAACUUUAUACGUUUUAUUUUCAGAUUCAUCGUCGCUUUGUCUGACAUUUCAGAUUACACUGACAAUCUAGCAUUAUGUAGAGAACAAGAAGAUCCAGAUACAAAAUAUCCGUGUGAUCCUGAACGACGAUCGGAUUUCUACUUCUACGAAGUUGAGUACGAUAAUGGAGUGUCAUCUGACAAAGAAGGGGAAUUCAAUUAUUACACUAAAAAUGGCAUUGGACCGGGUAAAGCUGUCGUAUUCAAACCAAAACCAGUUCGACCAGGCAAAUGGCAUUUGUACUAUAUGAAAGGAAACGCCAAGAGCAUUGGAUACACAGCAAAGAAAGAAGAUGUUAACGUAACUGCUGCUAACCACAGUUUCUUUAGAGACACACAAGGUGGAGUGUAUGUGACUAGUUUGAAUGGAAAACAUAAUCUUGUAGGUUUUUGUAUAAAGAUUCAUUACUAAGUAUUGUCACUUUAUUUUAUAGGUUGUUCUUUCUGUUGUAAACAAUUUUAAAUAUAUAUAUAUGUUUUUGAUCGAUGUAUGACUAUUUAUGUGAAUUUGAGUAUUGUAGGUACGAACAGUCGAAUUCCGUGUAGUACCGGACAAUGUUGUUUCUAUUUUAUGGCAGAUUCCGCAAAUUGUGCUGAUCAGCUUUGCCGAGAUUAUGCUUUCAAUUCCUGGAUUAGAGUUUUCUUAUCAGGAAGCUGGCCGAUCAAUGAAGUCGCUAAUGAGUAGGUUUACAGUAUCUUUUAAGUCUUUUUGUAUUGUAACAAAUUUUUCUAAGUUAUUGGUUAUGAUAUUAUUUGUUUCCAGGCGCCUUUUUCCAAGUGACAACUGGAGUAGGAGACCUUUUAAUUGUGAUAAUAACAGCCAUGAACCUCUCAAGUAAUGCUGCUACCAUGUUCUUCAUCUACGCUGUUCUAAUGGCUGUAGCUACAGUAAUAUUCAUAUUGUUGGCCGUCUUUUACUACGAAUACACUCCGUUGGACGACAGUAGUAAUGAUGACGAUGAAGAAGAUGACGAUGUAGAGAAGAUUUCAGAUGACAUGAAGAAGAAGUCGGUCUACAAUUCUCUGAAUUCUCAAGACAAUUCUAAGCCUGGAGAGCUGAACUUGGGCUUUAGUAAUGAGAAGGACAGUUCUUUGAGGUUACGGUUUUAA